AUGGAUAAGGAAGCCAAUAACAGCAGCAGCGGGCCCAAGAGAAGAACAGAGACUUGGACACCCCAGGUUAGCGACACCUGGCAAAUUGUGCUGAAGAACCCGAUCCGACUACCGUCCGAUGGAGCUGAUUUCGAACCGGAUGUCCCAGUCUACGACCUAGACCUAUUCGAUAAUGACAUCGAGACGAUUCACGAGGCCAAGUCACUCAACAUGGCCAUCGGUCUCAAGAAUGAUGGAGACAUUCUCCCGGACAUCCUGGACUUGGUUGACUUUCCUGUCAGCGAGCAGUGCAUCGAGUACUCAGGCUGCGACACCUUUGCGCAAGCAAGUAAACCCGUCUUCAGUAUCGAGUACCCCCCGGGCACGCCUGACGACGCCUCCGAAGACGCGCAAAGCGAGAUAUGCUCUCACCAAGGGAAUGCCACGGCGACGGAAGGGUUCAGCAAGGUAAUAAAGAAGCUGAACCUCGACGUGUGGAUCCAGUACUGUUAUGGAAAGAUGUAUACCACCCCAACAGAGUCUUGGGGUUCAGAAAAAUAA